AUGUUCACUUUCACGCCCUUGCUCGGGGCCCAGAGCAACUCUCGAUCUUCACAGUCAAUCCUUGAGUUGGAUGGAGGAGUCAAAAUCCUGGUCGACGUUGGUUGGGAUGAGAGAUUCGAUACUCGUCAAUUAGCCGAGAUAGAAAAACAUGCAUCAACCUUAUCCUUCAUUCUCCUCACCCAUGCCACUACUUCUCAUGUCGGUGCCUUUGCACACUGCUGCAAGCACAUCCCCAUUUUCUCCCAAAUCCCUGUCUACGCCACGCCGCCAGUAAUAGCUUUUGGUCGCACUCUACUGCAAGACCUUUACUCCUCGAACCCGGUCGCCGCCACGUUCAUUCCUGGCUCAGGCUCCCCGGAAGACGACUCCAGCGUUGACGACAAGUCUCGAUCCAACAUCCUCCGACAAGCCCCGACCUUCGAAGAGAUCAACAAGUUCUUCACCCUCAUCACACCUCUAAAAUACUCACAGCCCCAUCAGCCUACGCCGUCGCACUUCUCUGCCCCGAUCGAGGGGCUUACAUUGACCGCGUACAACUCGGGACAUACUCUCGGUGGAACGAUAUGGCACAUACAAUAUGGCAUGGAAUCGAUAGUCUAUGCGGUAGAUUGGAACCAAGCAAGAGAAAAUGUCAUCGCGGGAGCCGCGUGGUUUGGGGGCGUAGGAGGCGCUGAAGUCAUCGAGCAGUUACGCAAACCUACGGCAUUGGUCUGCAGUAGUGUCGGCGCUGCGAGGGCUGGCCUGGCUGGUGGUCGCAAAGCACGAGACGACGCAUUGCUAGGACACAUCAAGAGCAGCAUCGCCAAGAACGGUACUGUUUUGAUACCCACCGACUCGAGUGCGAGGGUUCUGGAGCUGGCGUGGAUUCUUGAGAAGGCUUGGACUGAUCCAGUCCUCAAAGGCGCCAAGGUGUACCUGGCAAGUCGGUCUGCGAACGCAACUUUGCGCCACGCCAGGAGUCUGCUUGAAUGGAUGGACGAUAGUAUUGUGCGGGAAUUCGAAGAGGAGGACGAAAACCAAACACAAAGCCGUCGCCGAAAUGGCAGCAAGCAAAUCAAUGGCACGUCCAAAUCUUCCAGACCGUUCGAGCUCGAAAAUAUUAAAAUUGUGGAACGCAAGAGCCAGUUCGAGAGGCUAUUGAAAGCUGAAGGACCUCGCGUCAUCCUUGCGAGUGAUGUAAGUUUGGACUGGGGCUUCUCCCGCUCUCUCUUGGAGCAUAUGGUGCAGCGACCGGAGAAUCUUGUUCUCUUGACUGAGAAGGCGGAAAUGCGACCUGGUUCUCUCAGUCCGAGUCAGGUUUUCUGGACGUGGUUUGAACAACGCCAAGAUGGUGUCGCCCUGGAGAAAACCCUUGAUGGCGAGCAGCUGGAGCAGGUACACAGUGGAGGGAGGAUGCUGAAACUUCGCCACGCAGAGAAGGCUUCCUUGAGCACACAGGAAAGUCAACGGUACCAACAGUACAUGGCCACUCAAAGACAGAUUCAAGACUCUCUGGCUGCCAACGAGCAGGACCAAGGUGGGGUUGACGACAAUUUGGACGACGAAUCAAGCACGUCUUCAGAGGAAGAAUCGGAGGAUGAGCAGCAGGGUCGCGUCCUGAAUGUCUCGUCGGCUCUGGGCCAUGGAGCUCGAAACAAGGUGGCUCUUAGCGACGAAGACUUGGGCAUCAAUAUCUUGCUCCGGAAAAAGGGAGUGUAUGAUUACGAUGUGCGCAAUAAAAGGGGUAGAAAUGCUGUGUUCCCUUAUACCCACACUAGGAGACGUGGCGACGAGUUUGGCGACUUUAUCAAGCCUGAAGACUUUCUGCGCGAGGAAGAAAAGGAAGAGCAAGAGGCACAGACUGAUAGCAAAAGCAUGGCGCUCUUGGGGCAAAAGCGAAAGUGGAGUGAAGCAGAUAAUGCACGGGAAAUGCAUCAGAAACGGCCACGUCAGGGCGGUCCUGCAAGCGCAGCCGACUCUGGAGAUGAAUCUGAAAGCGAUGAGUCCGACGAGGAGGGCCAGAUGGAAAUUGAAGGCCCGCAGGGUCCAGCAAAAAUUGUGUUCUCAACCUCCGAAGUCACCGUCAAUGCUCGAUUAGCUUUCGUUGAUUUUGCCGGAUUGCACGAUCAGCGCAGCCUACAGAUGCUGAUCCCUCUCAUCGGACCCAAGAAGCUCAUUCUCACCAGUGGAAAUCCUUCUGACACGCUAGCUCUUGCAUCGGAUUGUAAAGAGCUGCUGGGCGUCAAAGCGGCGGGCGUGGAAGAGGAAACGUCGACUGAGAUCUUCACGCCUCAAGAGGGCCAGACGAUCGACGCCAGUGUCGAUACGAAUGCCUGGGUCGUGAAGCUGAGCCGGGAGCUUGCCAAGACACUGCGGUGGCAGAAUGUCAAGAACAUGGGAGUGGUCACUAUCCAGGGUCAGUUGAAGGCUGAGGGAGAGCAGAAAGCGGAUGUCGAGGACGAUCCACAAUCCAAGAAGCAGAAAAUCGACACAGAGGCGUCUUCACAAACGACUCCCCAGCCAGGUCUUUCGAUCCAACCGGUUCUCGAUGUUUUGCCGGCUAGUUUGGCUGCCUCGACAAGGUCCGUGUCUCAAGCUAUUCACGUUGGAGACUUGCGUCUGGCUGAACUCAGGCGUAUCAUUGCCAUGGAUGGGCACACGGCAGAGUUCCGAGGAGAAGGCACGUUGCUGGUGGAUGGGAUGAUUGCAGUGAAGAAGGUCGGCAGCGGGAGGAUUAUAGUUGAAGGGGCACCUCUCGGCGUGACGGCCAUGAGUACCAGUACGGCCGACAAUUUCACCAGAGUGAAGCAAAAAGUCUACGAAGGACUCGCCGUCGUGGCAGCGGGAUAG